AUGCCGUCGCCGCCGGCGAGAAAUCUGCUCAAGUCCAUAGGCAACGGUAAGCUUGGAGGCCACCAGCUGAAUCCUCAGGCCGCCAUGAAGAGGCACGGCUCUUUCCCCAAUAUGUCGGCCUCCAGCAAGGCGCUGGUCCUGCUGCCCCUCCUGCUCCUGGCGUUCAUCUUCUUCUUCGUGUACCCCAAGGAGUUCGAGCUGCAGGCGGUGAUGAGCGCGUGCGCCCCUCAGCCGGGGACGUAUACGGCGGCGCGCCUCGCGGAGCCGGCUGUGACCCGGAAGCCCGACUUCCGGCUGCUCAUCGGCGUGCUCACCCGCGCCGACCUCUACGAGCGGCGGCACCUGCUCCGCAUGGUGUACGGGCUCCAGCUCGCGUCCGGCGACCUCACCGCGCACAUUGACGUCCGGUACGUCUUCUGCCGGCUGUACAAGGACGACCAGCGCGUGCUCGUCCCGCUGGAGAUCCUCGUCCACGACGACGUGAUCAUCCUCGACGGCUGCGAGGAGAACCUCAACGGCGGCAAGACCUACACCUACCUCUCCACGGUGGCGAAGUUGUACGCCGACGAGCCGUACGACUACGUGAUGAAGGCCGACGACGACAUCUUCUUCCGGCUGCCGCAGCUGGUGGAGUCGCUGGACGCGAUGCCGCGGGAGGACAUGUACUACGGCGCCACCAUCCCGUGCAACAGCAUGGACCCGUUCAGGGGGUACAUGGCCGGCAUGGGGUACGUGCUGUCGUGGGACCUCGUCGAGUGGAUCGCGACCUCCGACGUGGCGCGCAACCACAGCGUCGGGACCGAGGAUAUGCUCACCGGGGAGUGGCUGCGGAUCGGGGGCAAGGGGAAGAACCGGUUCAACGCCAAGCCGGCCAUACACGACUACCUGAAUCCCGUGCCGGUGGACGAGUGCGAGCACGCGUUCAUGCCGAGCACCAUUGCCGUGCACCGGCUCAAGAGCAACCCGCGGUGGGCGGAGACGCUCAAGUACUUCAACUUCACCGCCGGGCUCAAGCCGUCCAAGUUCUACAAGAUCGACUAG